AUGACCACGAAGAAAAUGAAUGGUCAGCUGCUUCAAGUGCCUCCUUUGUCUGGCGAUCGAUCGCCACUGAAGACCUGGUGCAAUGAUUCGAAUACACCGAGCGAUCAACACUUGCUCGAGAUACCGUCGGGUUGUGAUGGAGCUACGAAGAAGGGAAGGACCAAGACGCGGACGAUCAACCACAUCACGCUAGGAUUCAUCGCCUACUUUGCAGUGGCAGCAGGACCUUUUGGUGUUGAAAAUGCAGUGCGAGCUGCAGGGCCGUACCCAGUGCUGCUAGCUGUGAUGCUUUUGCCAUUCACGUGGGGACUGCCACAGGCGUUAAUGACCGCAGAGCUCAGCUCAAUGAUUAGUGAGAAUGGAGGCUAUAUCUUGUGGGUGCGACGUGGACUAGGUCAAUACGCUGGUUGGGCGAAUGCUUUCAAUUGCAUCGCGAGCAAUGUCUGCGACUUGCCUACGUACCCCGUGCUGUUCUGCAGCUAUGUUGAAGCAUUUUUGGCGUCUGGAUAUAGCUAUGCUCUAUCCGGCACAGAGCGGUGGCUGGUGAAAUGCGUGGCACUGCUGUUUGUGUUUGUAUCGAACGUAGUUGGAUUACGCGCCGUGGCGAUGGUCUCAGUGGUCAUGUCGCUCUUUGUCCUGGCACCGUUCAUCUUGGAACCGCUCUCAGUUGAGACCUUCAAUCUCGCUACGUGGGGGAACGUUGCACCGAACAUCGACUGGUCGGUGUUUCUUUCCACCAUACUGUGGAAUUAUCAAGGUUGGGAUUCUCUUGGAUGCGUUGCUGGCGAAGUCAAAGAAGGUGGAAGGACGUACCCGAUCGCCAUAACCAUCGCAAUGAUUCUGAUCACCGUCAACUACGCUGUCCCAGUCGGUGCAGGUAUCAUGGUGCAGCCUGACUCUUCGCAGUGGCAUGAAGGUUCUUUGGAGACCAUUGCCAUGUCAAUUACUCCUUGGCUAGGAGUUUGGGUUGGCAUGGCUGCUGUCGUCGCAACGCUGGGCGAGUUCAACGUCGUCAUGGCUUGCAGCUCGCGAGCGUUGUGGGCGACAGCCGACUACAAGAUGCUGCCGUCAUUUCUCGCUUUUGAGUGGGAGCGCUUUGAGACGCCAGUGGCAGCAGUGAUCUUUCAGACAGUAACUACAGGUAUCCUCAUGAACUUUUCGUUCGAGAUCUUGGUGGUGCUUGACACCUUUUUUAACAACCUCACGUUGAUGCUGGAGUUCUUUGCGUUCUUGCGCCUAAAGUACGUGGAAAGCGACACCGAGCGUCCAUUUGUGGUCCCGUUUGGCAGAUUGGGCGCAUGGGCGAUUACGCUUCCGAAGAUCGUCGUGCUUCUGGGCGUGUUAAUUGCACAAAAGCGCAGUGUGUGGGUCCUCUGCGGGCUAUUCAACGUGGUCGUGUCCAGCGCGUAUCUUGUCUGGCGCCGCUUCCAUCCAGCGCAUCGAGGCACUUGCGCUUACGAUCGCGCUUCGACAACUAUUCCCACCAUGUACGGCACUAGUCUGUCAUCGCAGCCGGUCGUUGUGAACAGCUCAUGA